ACGCGCCAUAGUGACGCUUUCAUCCGGGUCUCGGCGACGUGCACAGUUUCCAACAUGGCGGCAUCAGCUAAGAAGAAGAAUAAGAAGGGCAAGACUCUAACUCUGACUGACUUCCUUGCGGAAGAUACUGGAGGUUCUGCACCACACUAUUACGCACCUGCGAAAGCAACCAGUUGGGCAGAUGAAACUGAUGACUUUGAUGGAGAAGUGUCUACCUCCUGGCAUACAGAGGAAGACGCGCAUCGUGCGCCGCCCAUUGAUCGGUCCCUCCUGCCAACAGCUCCUCGUGCAGCCCGGGAGCCAAACAUUGACCGGUCGCGUCUGCCCCGCAGCCCACCCUACACCGCCUUCCUUGGUAACCUGCCCUAUGACGUCAGUGAAGAGUCCAUCAAAGAUUUCUUCAGAGGCCUGGCGAUCAGUGCAGUGCGGUUGCCACGGGAGCCGAGUAACCCAGAGAGGCUAAAGGGGUUCGGCUACGCUGAGUUUGACGACGUCGACUCACUCCUCCGUGCGCUUACUUUAAAUGAAGAGAACCUUGGGAACAGGAGAAUUCGAGUAGAUAUUGCAGAUCAGUCCAAUGACAAAGAGAGAGAUGGUGGUAUGAUGUCAGGGCGGGAUCGGGGCCGAGGGGGUGACAGUGGUCCUGAUAAGACGGAUUCUGAUUGGAGAGCUCGACCCAGCGCGGAGCAGGAUGAUGGACCACGAAGAAAUGAUGACUAUGGGGAGAAGUCACGUGACCGGUAUGAGUCAGAUCGACACAGGGACGGUCCAUGGCGUGAUGAUCGCUAUGGUGGUAGAGAUCGCUACGACGACCGGGACCGCAGGGAUCGCUAUGAUGACCGGGACCGCAGGGAUCGUUAUGAUGACCGGGACCGUAGGGAACGCUACGACGACCGAGGCAGCAGAGACUACGACCGUGGAGGUUAUGAAUCUCGUGGUGGGGGUCGCUGGGCGUUCGGUAGUGGCUUCAGACGUGACUUCGAUGACAGGCGAGAUGAAGACCGCAGUGAGCGACGUGAGGAGAGAGGCCCUCCACAGAGACCUAGACUGAACCUGAAACCACGCAGCAUCCCAAAAGAGGACGAGCAAAGUGGUGCCACCUCCCCCCAAACCACCACGGCCAACCCCAGCCGUUCUGCCUCCAUAUUUGGAGCUGCCAAACCUGUGGACACAGCUGCCAAGGAGCGUGAAGUGGAAGAGAGGCUGAAGAAGGAACAGGAGCGACUGCAGAGACAGCUGGAGGAGGACAAAAACAGACCUCCAGAAAGACGACCACGGGAUCGGGACCCCAGCUGGCGCAGCGAGGUGACAGCCAGUGAGCAAGAACGCACAGCAAGUGACUCCACACAUCCUGGAGGUUCGAAACGUCACCAGAGUGAACAUUCAGAUAAUGAAGUGUUCAGUGGCCAAGAGGAUGCACCUGCCUCCCCAGACUCCCGCCCACCGUCCUCCUCCAAUCAGGGAGCUCUCCCGCUGAAAGCGAUGCCAGCUCCUCCCCCUAAGGAGAAUGCAUGGGCUAAACGGAGCACAGGUGGCAGCUCAAGUACUGGACCUUCAGCCGGCCCUACCAGUAGUAGCGCUCAUAAACAGGGCAGCUCUUCGGAGUUGGCAGAGGACCCAGCAUCUGGCAGAGAUGAGAAUCGAAUGGAUGGGAUAGGCAAGGAGAGAGGCGUGUCUCAGGGAAGAGGGGGAGGGGCUGGAAGAGGAGGAGGUCGGGGUCGAGGAGAUGGACCCAACAGAGAUGGACCCAACAGAGAUGGACUUAACAAAGACAGGCGACAAGAACCCACAGACAGGAAAGAAAUUAAGCGAGAGAAAGAGUCCAAACCUGCACCGGAGCCAAAGAAAUAUGAGGAGACCGCACCCCCGAAAUUUAGUUCAGCCAGUAAGUAUGCUGCCCUGUUGAUGGAUGGUGACCAAGGAGAGGAGGGAGAUGGUGAGGAUUAAGUGAGAAUGAAGAAAAGAAGAGAGGAACAAGUGCAAGUGGGGAAAAAAGAUUGGAGCAAAAUGAAUGAUCAAAUACUUCUAAAACUUUGAUCAGCAAAGAUAGGUUUCUGCAGUGACUAAGGGGACCAUGGCAGGGCUACCCAGAGUGCUGUUCUUUAUGAUGUUUCAUGAAGUUUCUAAAAGUAUAUCCCUAUUUGACUAGUUUUAAUUAGAAAAACAGUAAAACAGACCAGACACUAGACACUCACACAUACAUUUAGGAGUUUGGAAACCUUUAAUUUGCAAGUCAUUGUUAUAAAUAAAUUUGAAAGUAUGUAAAAGUU